CGGCCAUCUUGGACGUGUAGACGGAAUCGAGCGUGGUUACAACUGAGGGGGGAAAAAAAAGUUCCUCGCCGUACAUCUGUCGACUGAGAAGGAAAAUGUCAGGAGACGACGACCAGCAAGAGCAGACCAUCGCCGACGACUUGGUCGUCACUAAAUACAAAAUGGGCGCCGACAUAGCGAACUUGGCUCUGCGUGCUGUCGUAGAUGCGGCCAAGCCGGGUGUCUCCGUGCUCAGCUUGUGUGAGAAAGGAGACGCCUUCAUCACUGCCGAGACGAGCAAGGUGUUUAAAAAGGAGAAGGAGAUCAAGAAAGGUAUCGCCUUCCCCACCUGUGUGUCCGUCAACAACUGUGUGUGCCACUUCUCUCCUCUGAAGAGUGACCCUGACUACACACUGCAGGAUGGUGACUUGGUUAAAAUCGAUCUCGGAGUUCACGUGGAUGGCUUCAUCUCUAACGUAGCUCACAGCCUGGUGGUUGGAGCGACCAAGGAAGCACCAGUGACUGGCCGGAAGGCGGAUGUGAUCAAAGCUGCCUACCUGUGUGCUGAAGCAGCUCUGCGGCUUGUUAAGCCUGGAAACCAGAACACUCAGGUCACCGAAGCCUGGAAUAAGAUCGCCGAGUCCUUCAAAUGCACAGCCAUCGAGGGAAUGCUGUCCCAUCAGCUGAAGCAGCACAUCAUUGAUGGAGAGAAGACCAUCAUUCAGAACCCUACAGACCAGCAGAGGAAGGAUCAUGAGAAGGCUGAGUUCGAGGUGCAUGAAGUGUUUGCCGUGGAUGUGCUGAUCAGCACAGGAGAGGGGAAGGCUAAAGACUCAGGACAGAGGACCACCGUUUACAAGCGAGACCCGAGCAAGCAGUACGGGUUGAAAAUGAAGACCUCGAGGGCGUUUUUCAGCGAGGUGGAGAAACGCUACGACACCAUGCCUUUCACUCUCAGGGCGUUCGAGGAUGAGAGCAAGGCUCGGCUGGGUGUUGUGGAGUGUGCCAAACACGAGCUGCUGCAGCCUUUCACCGUCCUGCAUGAGAAGGAAGGCGAGCACGUGGCGCAGUUUAAAUUCACCGUGAUGCUGAUGGCCAACGGUCCCCUGAGAAUCACCAACGGUCCCUUCGAGCCGGAGCUGUACAAGUCCGACCACGAGGUGCAGGAUCCUGAGCUCAAGGCUUUGUUGCAAAGCUCAGUCAGCCGGAAGGCCCAAAAGAAGAAGAAAAAGAAGGCCUCUAAGACAGCAGAGAACGCCACUGGACAACCGAUGGAGGUGGAGACGGAGACUGCCAAGUAGAAAAAGCUUCCUCUGCCCCCUACUGCCAAUAAUACUGACCGACGGAGAAUAGAAGAGUCCCGACAUGCCCCACUGAGACGCCUCCAGCCUUUAGCCUUCGAUCAGCCUGUAACUCUGUAUGACAGCUAUGAAGUCCACACAUCAGUUUUGAGUUCCCACAGCUCGUGUAGUCUGGUGACGUUAACAAAACUGGCUUCUCUACAGGAGGUUACAGAUGGGGGAAGUGCUACACACCAACUGACUGCCUUUAUUUACAGGGCCGCAUGUUAAGUGGGGUUGCCCCUCUUAUAAUAAUAAUAAUAAUAAUAAUAAUAAUAAUAAUGUUGAUAAAUAUUUUUCUUAUUAAACUGUCAUUGUAAAACCAAUCUCGGAAAAUAAAAGCAAAGUGGCGGCACCAGCGAAGUAUCAUUA